AUGGAUAUACUUAAUAAUGAUGAGUUCUUAUUUGAAUUAAUUGAUAAUACAAAUAUGACUUAUUUAGAGCCAAUAAAACAAACUAAUACAAAUACUAAUCCUCAAAGUGAAGAUUAUUUCAAUUCGGAUAUCAAUGAAGAUUUUGAUUUCUAUUUCCAAUUAGAAUCAUCUUUAUUUAACAUAGAGCAGGAGAAACCAGAGGACAUUAAGAUAUUAAAUUCACCUUCUCAUUCAAGAUCACAGUCGAAAUAUACAACAUUACAGAGUCCAUUGCUAGAAAAUAAGAAAAUACCAAUUGAACAAGAACAAGAACAAGAACAAGAACAAGAACAAGAACAAGAACAAGAACAAGAACAAGAACAAGAACAAGAACAAGAACAAGAACUAGAACAAGAACUAGAACAAGAACAAGAACAGGAUUCAGUUGCUGUUGAAAAUCCAUUAAAGAAUAAAAAAGUCAAUUCUGAUACUGACAUAUUCACAUAUAAUUACAAUAAUAAUGUUAAUAUUAAUGUUAAUAAAGUUAGUAAACCUGCUUCUCCACAAUUAACUAAUAAUAGAAGACCACCAUUGAAACCAUCAAUUACUAUUAACUCAGUAGACACUUUGAAUCGUAUACAUUUAGAUCACAGAAAAGUGAGUAAUAGUGUAAGUAAAGUAGGUAACCCAUUUUACAAACCUAUAAAUUUAAACAAACACUUAGAAUAA